AUGGAAGACUCAUGUAUCAAAGCAUGGGAGGAAGAGACUAAAACAUUGGAUUAUGAAUUUUCAACCGAUCCUUCGAGGUUUAGAUUUACUCAUGAAACUACUUUUGGAAGGAGGCAUAUGACUUUUUGGUCUACAACACCAAUUCUCAAUUGGAUUGUGUGCUUUUUCAGACAAUUUGUUAGAUCUGUACCUAAAAUUGAUUAUUUAACAUUGCGCCAUGGAUUCAUACUGGCUCACUUUGCUCCACAUAGUAGAUUUGAUUUUCAAAGAUAUAUAAGAAGAUCAUUGGAUGAUGACUUUACUAGUGUUGUAUCCAUCAGUCCACCUCUAUGGUUUUUUGCGAUCUUAUUUCUGCUUCUCAACAGAAGAGGGUGGUUCACAUUUAAUUGGCUCUCCUUCAUUCCAUUGAUUAGUCUUUUGAUAGUGGGAACAAAGCUACAAGUCAUAAUAACUAGAAUGGCAUUAGAUAUCCAAGAUAGAAAUCCUGUUGUGCAAGGAGCUCCAAUGGUGAAGCCCAAUGAUCAACUAUUUUGGUUUGGUCGACCCAAGUUGAUUCUAUAUCUUAUUCAUUUUACCCUAUUUCAGAGUGCUUUUCAGUUGGCUUUCUUCUUUUGGGCAUUGUAUGAAUAUGGUCUGCAAUCGUGCUUCCAUGAUCGGGCGAGAGAUAUUAUAGUUAGAAUAACCUGUGGGGUUGCAGUUCAAAUACUUUGUAGCUAUGUAACUCUCCCUCUCUACGCUCUUGUGACACAGCUAGGAACAAACAUGAAAACAACCAUAUUUGAUGAAAGAAUAGCUACAGCUUUGAAGAAGUGGCACCAGAGAGCAAAGAAGAACAUUAGACAAAAAAGACAUGAUGAUCUGUCAAGUGGACAAACUACUCCAUAUGAAGGAUCUUCUCCAAUUCAUCUUCUUCGCAAGUAUCUAAGUUCAGGAGACUUAGAAAGUGCCCAAAAUUUAAGGCAGGUUGAAUAUGAUAUUGAAGAAGAUGCACCCUCCCCUUCUCACCAUUCUCACCACAACGCUAAUGAGAAUUCAAAUGAAGAAAUAGAGGAAGAGAAACAAGAUGUUCAAACACUUGGGUUUGAGUUCAGCUUUGAUCAUUUUCAAAAUGAAAAUAUAAAAAACAUUAUCUAUGCUUCUCACAAGGAGAGUGAAUCAGGCAAAGAGGGCCGUUAG